AUGAGUGACUCGGAUGAGGACGAUCUCGGCUUCGUACCCCUCUGUACUGGAACGUCGUUUCAGGGCACUAUAAUAGAGUCUUCGAAGAACAAGUAUGUCAUAGUCAAACUACUAGGAGCUGGAGGAUUUGGCGCUGUCUACAGGGUACAUGACCAAAGGGAUCCAACGAAAAUGUUCGCUAUGAAAGUCGAAAAGAAGAUAGAGACAAGGAGACAUUCGAAACUGAAGAUGGAGGUUGUGUUCGGUUGA